AUGCCUUCCAAUGAACAGACGAGGCUCUUGAGUGGCGAGAAUGCCCAGUAUUACCAACAAGGAUUGAACGAUCGACCCAAUGCAGGCUCUGAGCUGGCCAAAGCAGGCCGCAGUGCUUCCAUUGGUGCCUUGGGUGGAUCUUCCAGUUUGGGUAGCUUUCAUUUCAAGUCAGCCCCCAAUGUGCAAGGAUUGCCCAAGAGCUACAGUGUCAGUGCCGAUGGUUCGCCGAGUUAUUUGACACCAACGCAAAUGGGUCGUCAAGAAUUGUACCAACAAGUGCCCUUUACAGCCGUC